AUGCAAGAUUAUUAUGACGAUGUCGAGUUGGAAAACUUGUACCAGUGGAUUGACUCCAUACCUUUAUCUAGACCAAAGAAAAAUAUUGGAAAAGAUUUCUCUGAUGCCAUUUUGUUAGCAGAGAUAAUCAAACAUUAUAUACCUACUCUAGUAGAACUUCACAACUACACACCAGCUUCCAAUACCAAUCAAAAAAUGGAGAAUUGGUUUCUUCUUAAUCGACGAGUGCUAAGAAAGAUUGAUAUGGAUUUAUCUGAGGAUGUCAUCAGGGCGUUAGCCAAUGCUAGAGCUAAAGUUGUUGAAAAGAUUUUAAUGUUAGUCAGAGCACAGAUUGAUAAAGAAUUAGACAGAAAGAGAAGAAUCAGGAAGAAUUAUCCUUAUCUUAAAUCUAGGACAGCUGAUUUAAAGUCAACUCAUAUAGUUGGUGAAAAGAAAAAUAAUGGGUAUGAAGCAGCUAAAAAUUCAUUUAUCUCACCUCGAAACCAACCUCGAAGAACUACCCCUAGAGUAUCCUAUGGUAAUCGACCUAUGCAAGCACCUGUUACUGACAAUGUCUCUAGAUCUUUAUUAGAUGAACAGGAAGGAGAAUGUAUAGCUAAAGAAGAAACGAUACAGAUUUUAAAUGCCAAGAUUAGAAGACUGGAGCAUCUUCUACAUUUAAAGGAUAUUAGAAUUCAAGAUUUAGAGGAAAGGUUGACCAAUGCUAGAAUAAGAUGAUUUAUAUAAGCACUGGCUCAGGAUUUCGGUUUAUAGGGUAGAACACAAGCAUUAUAGUUUUAAAUUGAAGUGAAAAUUAUGAUAAAAUGCAAUGCCUUAAUUAUAGAGCAAAAAGUAAACCAAUAGAAAUAGUUUGAUUAAAAACAGUAUCAACAAAAUAAAUUCUGUUACUCAACUGUCAAUGCAUUAGAUGCAGGAGUUUCUCAUCCUUCUAGAGCACCUC